CAGCGGUGGUCGGGGGAGCUGUGGCCCCUGUGUGCGAUCUGUGCCACUGGCUCCGGUGUGUUCAAAUGCUCAAACACACUCUGACUCCUCACAGCCGCCCGGCUCCUAUGUGUGUUUGAUUUAUCUCUUCUUUUAGAAAAGUGUUUGUUGCUGAUCCCACUUCUCUUUUCGGAAGACAGGAUCCCUCCUCCUCCUCGCCCUCAUCCCCUCAGUGUGAGCUGAUCUGCUGCUGGGUUUGGGGCUCAGCUGGUGUCGCGGCCGCCGCGCAGACUGCCAGCCUCUCCGUGUGUUUGCUCUUGGCUACUUUUGGCGAAGUUACUUGAUCUCCAGAGUGUGGCGCAUUGCGCAUCACUGACCGGGGGCAGCUUUCGGGAAACUUGCCGCUGCAAAAUGGACUGAAGCAACAACUCUGCGAAGUGUGGAUACUUUGGAGAAGCACAGUCUUUCUGAGGAGCAACCUUUCAACGGGUUGAAUAAGCACCAUGGAAGAGGAAGACGGGCAUCUGGAGAACGGUAUCCACGCCGCCAAGGACUCGGACCGACAGCAGCGACUCAGGCUUUGCGUUUUAAAUGAAAUACUGAACACCGAGAGGGAUUAUGUUCGGACACUGCUUUUCCUCCAGUCGGCUUUUUUGCACAGAAUCCGACAGACUGCAGACGAUCAACAGUGUCUGUCACCUGAACAUGUCAAGAUUUUGUUUUCCAACAUCGAGGACAUCCUGGAGGUGCACAAAGAGGUGCUGUCUGCCGUGGAGGCCAAUCUGCAGCCCGAACCCCAGCCUCAGCAUGCACUGGGACACGUGUUUCUCAAGUUUAAGGGGAGCUUCUCGGUUUAUGGCGAGUACUGCAGUAAUCACGAGAAGGCCUUACGACUUUUGAUGGAGCUCAACAAGAUCCCCAACAUCAGGACCUUCCUACUGCACUGUAUGCUACUGGGAGGGAAGAAAAGCACAGAUAUUCCCCUGGAGGGCUACCUUCUGACUCCCAUUCAGAGGAUCUGCAAGUACCCACUCCUGCUGAAGGAACUGCUGAAGCGAACCCCUAAAAAGCAUGCAGAUUAUCCAGCAGUGGAGGAGGCUUUACAGGCCAUGAAGGCUGUCUGCUCCAACAUCAAUGAGACCAAGAGGCAGAUGGAGAAAAUGGAGGCGCUGGAACAGCUGCAGUCCCACAUCGAGGGCUGGGAGGGAACCAACCUGACAGAUAUCUGCACAGAGCUGCUCCUCCAUGGAAACCUCCUGAAAAUCUCUGCAGGCAACAUCCAGGAAAGGGUCUUCUUCCUGUUUGACAACCUCCUGGUCUACUGCAAGAGGAAAUCCAGGGUUUCUGGAAAGAAGUCCACCAAGAGGACCAAGUCCAUCAACGGGCCCCUCUAUGUGUUCCGAGGCCGAAUCAACACCGAGGUAAUGGAGGUGGAAAACGUGGAGGAUGGAACAGCGGACUACCACAGCAACAACUACACAGUCACUAAUGGCUGGAAGAUUCACAACACUGCAAAGAACAAGUGGUUUGUCUGCAUGGCCAAGAACGCUGAGGACAAGCAGAAGUGGCUGGACGCCAUCUUGAGGGAGCGGGAGCAAAGAGAGAGUCUCAAACUGGGAAUGGAGCGGGAUGCCUAUGUGAUGAUCGCAGAGAAAGGGGAGAAGCUCUACCACAUGAUGAUGACCAAGAGCCGACAUCUGAUCAAGGAUCGACGCAGGAAGCUCAGCAUUGUGCCCAAGUGCUUCAUGGGAAAUGAGUUCGUGUCAUGGCUCAUAGAGAGCGGAGAGAUCAGUAAACCUGACGAAGGGGUCAACCUGGGACAAGCUCUGCUGGAAAAUGGCAUCAUCCACCAUGUGUCGGACAAGCACCAGUUCAAGAAUGAACAGGUGUUGUACCGCUUCCGCUAUGACGACGGCACCUACAAAGCCCGCAGCGAGAUGGAGGAUAUCAUGUCUAAGGGCGUCAGAUUGUACUGCCGCCUUCACAGCCUCCACACGCCUGUCAUCAAGGACAGAGACCACCAUUUGAAAACCUUCAAAUCCGUGGUUCCUGCCAGCAAACUGGUGGAUUGGCUUCUUUCACAGGGAGACUGCUCGACCCGCGAGGACGCCGUGACGCUGGGGGUGGGACUCUGCAACAAUGGCUUCAUGCACCACGUCCUGGAGAAAAGCGAAUUCAAGGACGAGUCGCAGUUCUUCCGUUUCUACGCGGACGAGGAGACAGAGGGCACCAGCACCAAGAGCAAGCAGCUUCAACGCAACGACUUCAAGCUCAUCGAGAACAUCCUGGCCAAAUCCCUGGUGAUCCAUCCUGAGGAGGAAGACUACGGCUUCGAGAUUGAGGAGAAGAACAAGGCCAUUGUGGUGAAAUCUGUUACCAGGGGCUCACAUGCUGAGAUGGCUGGGCUGCAGGUGGGCAGGAAGAUCUACACCAUCAACGAAGACCUGCUGUUCCUCAGGCCGUUCUCCGAGGUGGAAACCAUGGUCAGCCAGGCUUUCUGCAUACGGCGCUCGCUACGCCUGCUGGUCGCCACCAAGGCUAAGGAGAUUGUGAAGAUCCCUGACAACCCAGACAGGCUGUCCUUCAGACUCUGUGGCUCCGCCCCUCCUCAUGUGCACGCCGUCAGGAAAGGCUGGGAGGCAGCGGCAGCGGGUCUCCAGCCCGGCCAGGUCAUCCUGAAGGUCAAUGGCAACAACGUCAACCGCAGUCAGUACCAAGAGGUCCUGGAGCACUUUACAGCACAGCACACGCAGCAGGAGCCUUCCCAUACGUCUGUGUCCUCGCAGUGUCAGUGGGUGUACCGUGCGUUUGAGGACGUGGAGGAGCAGCAGCAAGAAGAAGGAGGUACGGGCGAGAAGGAGGAGAGCCCUUUCAGGCCUUAUCCGGUAGAGAACGGCUCUGACCGUGAGGAGGGGAAUGGCACGAAUGGAACAGACCACAGGCUGGCCAGGCUCUCUCUCUCUGCUGACCUGCCGCUGGUCAGCCUGACGGUGGACAACGUGCACCUGGAGCACGGCGUGGUCUAUGAAUACGUCAGCACUGCCGGCAUCAAGAGCCACGUCCUGGAGAAGAUGGUGGAGCCCAAAGGCUGCUUCAGCCUCACCGCCAAGAUACUGGAAGCAUUUGCUGGUGAUGACAACCACUUUGUGCGUAAUUGUAGCCAGCUCAUCUCCCGGAGCGACCGAGUGGUUUCCAUGCCUCAGUUCGAGUUCAGACAAAUCUGUGACACCAAGCUGGAGAGCAUCCGACGGCGUAUCAGCAGCUACCAGCAGUUUGCUCUGGAGCUGAGGAACAAGGCAUGGCCCACCUUCAAGCAGGCAGGUGUUCGCCCUCACCUGCUGGGCUGCAUGGACUUUGUGCCCACCAACUGCCACGUCAACCUGAUGCAGGUCUCCUACCCCAAGAGUACGACCUCCGCCGGCAGGACUUUCAGCAUCCGCUUCGGACGCAAGAACUCGCUCUUCGGCCUGGACCCUGACCAAGCCAAUCUGAACCCCAUGUCCCACACCCAGCACUGUGUGACCAGUAUGGGAGCUCCCUCCUGGAACUGCACCGGCCUGGAAGGGGAGGAGCUGGAUGGCGAGGGCGAUGUGAGCAUGGAUGGGAGCGAGGGGUUGACGGACAGCAGACGGGGUCCCCACGGGGAGGGCGGGCUCAGCUAUCUGCUCAAACAGGAAGACAUGGAGACCCAGGACGCCUACAUUCGCCUGUACAACCGCCUGGACGUCGCCGUGAGGGAGAUGAGGCAGUACGUCGCCCAGAUUGAUGUCCUCUUAUCGUCCAUCACUGAGCCCACAGAGCUCCAAGGGGAAGGGGGGGAGCCUCCAGUGUAUGAGCCCAGCCAGCCGCCCUCUCUGGCCCCCUGUGAGGAGGGCUGCGACCAGGACAAAGCUGAGCACGGAGGCAUUAAGAGAGUGUGCUUCAAGGUGAACGAGGAGGACCAGGAGGACUCUGGCCAUGAUACCAUGAGCUACAGGGACUCGUACAGUGAAUGCAACAGCAACAGAGAUUCAGUCCUGUCGUAUACCAGCGUACGAAGUAACAGUUCUUACCUGGGGAGCGAUGAGAUGGGAUCAGGAGACGAGCUGCCGUGUGACAUGAGGAUUCCCUCGGACAAGCAGGACAAGCUGCACGGCUGCCUCGAGCACCUCUUCAACCAGGUUGACUCUAUCAACAGCUUACUUAAAGGACCUGUAAUGACCAAGGCCUGUGAAGAGACCAAGCACUUCCACCCAGACCACAGCCAACCAGAGUUUCGUCAUACAGAGGACUGGACGGUUCGCUGCCGUUACAUCAUCCACAAGAACAUCCAGGAGGACCCGUGGAACCUGCCGAGCUCCAUCAAAACCCUGGUGGAGAGCCUGCAGAGAUUUGUGGAUGAUGGAAAGAACCAGCUCCUCCUGGCUCUGCUCAAGUGCACAGACACGUCUCUGCAGCUGCGGCGGGACGUCAUCUUCUGCCAGGCGGCCACAGGCGCCCUGUGCACGCUGGCCGAGCAGCUGCUGGCAGCGCUGAGGGCGCGCUUCAACAACGCCGGCGAGUACCAGGAGGACAGCAAGGAGACAAGCCGCAAGUGGUUGGAGCAGAUCUCCGUCAUCGGCGUGCUGCUGCACUUCCAGGCCACGCUGGCACCACACCUGAAGGAGGAGCGCACCAUGCUGGAGGACACCAAGGCAGCCCUGUUGGACCUGGACAAAGUCACUGUGUUCUUCAGGCAACUGGAGGACGAGUGUCUCGUCGCAAACACUCCGGUGUGUUACCAAGUGGAGGGCAGCCGACAGGCCCUGAGGGUCACCCUGUACCUGGACAGCUGUCACUUCAACGAACUGCCCAGCCGGCUGCAGAACGGAGGCAGCCUCAAACUGCACACCGUCCUCUUCACCAGGGCUCUGGAGCGUCCCGAGGGAGUGUCCCAGCAGGACUACACCGCCAUGGAGGAGUUCCAGCAGCGCAUCAAUGCCGUCUCACUAGAAAGGGUCAAGGCCUACUACCGCAGACUCAGGGCUUUCUAUUUGGAGAAGUCCAAUCUCCCCACGGACUCCAACACCACAGCUAUGAAGAUUGACCAGCUGCUGCGUCCUCUCAACACCCUGGACGAUCUGUGCCGGCUGAUGCAGUCCUACGUCAACGUGCGCCCCAGCGCCCAGGGCCACCCGUCAGGUGUCAGCGUGCUGUGCGUGUCCUCGGAGCUGUGCAACCGCCUGGGAGCCUGCCACAUCACCAUGUGUGGCACUGGCAUGCAGAGAUGCACCCUGAGUGUGACUCUGGAGCAGGCCAUGAUCCUGGCACGGAACCACGGCCUCAUGCCCCGCUGCAUCAUGCAGACCAUGGACAUCAUGCGCAAACAGGGAACAAGAGUUGAGCUCUCAGCGAAAAAUCUCAAGGUGAUGGACCAGAUGCCUCCCUCAGCCCCAAGGCUCUUCAAACUGUGUUUACCGCCCUCAGAUGGAGAACUCUAAAAGCAGCGCCACUCCAGUUUUACCCUAGACCUCUUUUGUUUUUACUAUUGAUCAACAUGAGCCUCAUCAAGGAGAGGGUGAACGUGGAAGAGGAAGACUUAAUGUGAGAUGCAAAGCGAGGAGGAGUGGAAGGAUGUUCUUGCUGCUCCGAGAGACGGUGACAACGGCGAAACCCUCGUCCCCCCCCCCCGCUAUACAGGGAUCAUUCCAACAUGGCAGCACUCGAGUCUUCUGCGCAUCAUGUAGGUCAACUCCUCUAGCUCGACGAGACUGCACAGCCCACUGAUGUCCUGUCACAUACCUGGCAGCGCCCAGUGAUUCUGAUGUAGCCCAAAUAACUGUGCAGUCAUGCUGACAAGCCACCGGAGAGUCGCUGCUCUGGGUGUCUGUCAAAGAUGUCACCAACGACUUGCAGUCAGCGAGCCGACAAACCAUCAAAAAAAAAAACGGUUCACAACACUCAGAACCCAAGUGAAGAGGAGACGCCAGCUGUGAGGCCUCGUGAGGAAGACAUCCACGACGAUGAUGAUGAUGAUGAUGCUCAUAGCAGAGCUGUUAUUAACUGGAUUAACCAAACUACCUGUAGCUGACUCUCACCCGAAAUGCAAACUUUAUCCAUUUUGCCUUGGACUGCAACUGCAGAGAGCUGUGUCUUUCUCUGUUUGGGCUGCUGUUGCUCAGUGUUUAGAGCGGUGACGUAGAGCACCUGAACACAACAGGUAUUUGUGUAUGACGGCUGGCUGAAGGGUUACAUCAGUAGUCAGAGAAAGUGAAAGAAUAGACCAAGGGAUGGAAGUAGGGAUUGAGGGAUGGAUGAAAAGACGGAUGGUAGGGGGCUGCUCUUGCUUCGACCCCAUUGCAUGUGGUUAAUGUGCAAUUACUGUAGGUUUAGUGUGAGUACUGUAUUACUGCACUAUAUGAAGGAUAGCUAUUUAUUGUGUCCGGAAGGAGCAUUUUUAUUCCUCACUUAUAUCAGGUAUUAAAAGAAUUUAAAAAGCAUUCCAGCCUACAUAUUGAACAGUAUUUAAAGGACCAAUGGCAUGCCAUUUUUUUUUUUUUUUUUAGAUUCAACUGCUUAUGUAUUUCAUUUUAUUUAUGGAAAUUUGAUCAUGUCAGGACGUGUUAAGCUUCAGGGAGCGCAAGGGAGAGAAGAGGACUAGAAGCUAGCUAAUCAGAAUCAGGGGAAAGGAAGCUAUAGCUAACUAUACAGAGCUGUUUCUGUUUGCCAGUGGACAGCUGAGUCAGCAGGUUGGGAUAUGGAAUCAUUGUGAAGUCAUUAAUGUGUUAGUUACUAGUAUUAGUUGAAGGAUUGCCUUCUGUUAACUUGCUGAUUUUAAAUUGUCUCUUAAAUUGUCUUGAGACCAUAGUAUUUACUGUAGGUGUUGAAAAAAAAAAGCACAAUGAUUAGUCCAAUCACAUUGCAGUGUUAGCAAAAAGUACUGUACGCAGUUUGUGGAUGAUGUAAACAAAGGGACACAGUAACCUUAUUUUACUGAAGAUUUUAUUUUCUUGUACAUACAAACUGUAACAAUGUCUGCCAGCGCGGGGAAAAAAACAGCAUAUGAUUUAUGUCCUGGCAGCAGAGUAAUGCUAUAAUUUAAAAUUGGAUUAUUUUUAUGGAGAUAAUAUAGUAUGUAAAACAUUUUAAAUUCUUUUUGUAUUCAUGACUGUACAUUUGAGGAGAAGCUGUUUCUCUCGGCCAAGCGUAACCUCACUGACAAUGUUGUCGAUGUUUUGGACUGUUAAAGCGGCUCCACUUGCAUCUCGGCGUGCUUGGAAUCUGUCGACAUGCUGCGUUCUCUACACACAUCACUCAGCCCUGUUUUAUUUAUUUAAAAGCUCCUGUCAAGCCCCCAAACGUGCAUGUUUCAAGCAUCUCCACACUUCCCCCAGCACAAGCAUGGCUGCUGUGAAUUUGUAGUCCCACAGUGGCAUAUAGUAACAAUCAGCAGAUAUUUGCAUUUUUAUCGGCUCUCAAUCUGAGCACAAACUCUUAUUAACUCAAGAAUGCAGCAUUAGUUACUCUUAACUCGAUCUUAAGUGCUCGUUACAGUUUUAAUCUAGCUAAUGACUGCAGUAUGUUGGUGUACCUGGAAAAACAUGUCACUGAUUACUCAUUUAUUUACAUUAUUCUAAUGUUUCAUCACUGUAUAUACAUUAUUUGCAAUGUUACGUUGCCUGAAAAUAACUGUACAAAGGAUUUUUUUGAAUCUUUCUAAAAUUAUCAUUGUAAAUUGAACCUUAACAAGCUAGUAAAUAAAAUGUUCAUAGUAUGACAAUG